AUUACGGCAUCGCGAUGAACACUAUUCCAGUUGUUUUAUGAAUACCUACAGGCUUCAAAUACGCGAGGUUGUUGCAUUUUUACAAUUGAUGUAGUGUUUCGAAAAAUACGGUUAAAACAAACAAUAUUAUUUAGAACAAAAUAACGUAAUAACGCAUUAGUUAUAUUAAAUCAGACCGUAUUUAUUUUUCGUGAUUUUUUUUCGUAACAAUUAUUUGAGUGAAUCGUUGUGUAGUGUUUCCAAACAAUUCAGAGGUGCACAAUUUAUUUAAUACCUGCUAUUACAAUACGAAUUACAAAUCAUAAAUUUUUUUUUGAAAAAUGAAAUUCAUAUUUUGUGUAUUUUUGUGUGGCGUUCUGUGGAAUUCUCCAUCAUACAGUUUAAAAAAAUUACGUGUGGGUUUAGGUGAACCAAAUUCACCGUUAACUAAAAAUGUGAUCGACACUGAAGACAAAUGGUUUGUGCAAAAACUGGAUCACUUUAAUCCUACUGAUAAUAGAACAUGGAAACAGAGAUAUCAAGUAAAUCAGAAGUAUUACAAGAAGGAUGGCCCUGUGUUUUUGAUGAUAGGAGGAGAAGGUCCAAUUUCAGCCAAAUGGAUGUAUAGCGGGGCUUGGAUAGAUUAUGCUAAAGAAUUUAAUGCUUUAUGUUUGCAAUUAGAACAUCGAUAUUACGGAAAAAGCCAUCCAACAGAAGAUAUGAGUACAAAAAAUUUAAUAUACUUGAGUAGUGAACAAGCUUUAACGGAUUUGGCUGAAUUCAUUGUCAAUAUUCGAACAAAUUACGAUAUUCCAGCUACUGCUAAAUGGGUAGCAUUUGGAGGAUCGUACCCAGGAUCUUUGGCUGCAUGGUUGAGAAUGAAAUUCCCACAUCUAGUGUACGCUGCAGUGUCUUCAAGUGGUCCUUUACUGGCAAAAAUAGAUUUCAAAGAAUAUUUUAAAGUGGUUGAAAAUGCAUUAGCAACGUAUUCACCGGAAUGUGUAUCACAAAUAAAAGAAGCAAAUCAAAUGAUCGAUAGCCAAAUUAAAACAACCAAAGGAGCAAAAUUAAUUGAAAAAAAAUUCAAAUUAUGCGAUCCCUUGGAUAUAAACACAAAAAAUGACGUAGCGAACUUGUUCGAGACUUUAGCCGGAAAUUUUGCUGACAUUGUACAAUACAAUAAGGACAAUAGAUUUUAUGAAAACUUUGAACGAUCUUUAGUAACAUUAGAAACUUUAUGUGAUAUAAUGGUCAACAAAUCAAAAACAACUCCAUUAGACAGAUAUGCAGAUGUUAAUAGCAAGCUAUUAUCCAUCAAUGAUUUAACUUGUACACAACACGUAUAUACCAAGAUGAUCGAUUCUUAUUUAAAUACAAGUUGGAAUAGUGAUUCAGCAGCAGGAGGUCGACAAUGGACAUACCAAACUUGUACAGAGUUUGGCUUUUAUCAAACAUCCAGUCAAGAAGAUCAUGCGUUUGGUAAUAAGUUUCCAGCUACAUUUUUCAUUGAUAUGUGCUCUGAUAUUUUUGGAAAGUUGUAUAAUUUAGAUCUUUUGUAUAAUGCAAUUAAAAGAAGCAAUAUGAUGUACGGUGAGUUGAACAUAAAAGAAAACCGGGUAAUUUAUGUUCAUGGAUCUGUUGAUCCGUGGCAUGCAUUAGGCAUUACUCAUACAAAAACAAAAAACAACGUUGCAAUUUAUAUUGAAGGGACAGCUCAUUGUGCAAAUAUGUACCCUCCAUCUCCUACAGAUCUUCCACAGCUUAAAAAUGCUCGUGAGACGAUUAGAGCAUUUUUGAGUGAAUGGUUGACAGAAAACGACAUUGAUGACUCAUCUGAAGUCAACAAUAUACAAUUUAAAUACAAAGUUUAAAAUCCAUUAUUUUUGUUAUUUUCAAAAUAAAAUUUCAAUAAUGUGGUUUUAAUAUAAUUUGCGUUAGAUUUUAUGUAUAUACGUCUUUUUUGUAUGAAUACAAUUUUUUAUUAAUAGCAGCGGAUCAUGUUUUUAUUAACAAUUAGUAACAAGUAUAUCGAUGUAAACAUUAACCACGUUUAUUAUACAUAUACCUAGUUUAAUAAUUAUUAUGGUUUAUUAAUUAUUACGUACAUUUUUAAUUGUCUAUACCUACAUUUAGAUUCUGAUCUGAGCGAUAAAUCAAUAAAUGAAUUGGUUUUACAAUGA